UAAAAAAAUUGUGUGGUGAAUCAGUAGACUAUAAAUCGCUGGACUGGAAUAUUCCUCCAGCAAAGUAGCUUAGCACAAUAAACAAAGACUUAAGUAUUUUUCAGUCUAACCAGUGAACAAAGAAUUUAUCAGAAUGUCUACAUUUAACGACAAGGAAAACCUCACCAAUGGAAUCAACAAUGUCCACAUCAAGUCGCCGACAAAGAACAACAUUUUGACUCUUCGCAACGACAACGUGACUGAUGAUAAAAUGGAGGUGGAGAAAGAGUCCAAGGAGGUGGAGUUCGACCCCCAGCUGGAGCCGCUGCUGCGGGAGAACCCGCGCCGGUUCGUCAUCUUCCCCAUCAAGUACCCCGACAUCUGGAACAUGUACAAAAAGGCCGAGGCCUCCUUCUGGACGGUAGAGGAGGUGGACCUAUCUAAGGACUUAUCUGACUGGGAAAAUUUAAAAGACUGUGAAAGACAUUUCAUCAAGCACGUGCUGGCCUUCUUUGCUGCAUCUGACGGUAUCGUCAAUGAGAACCUGGUUGAACGCUUCUCUCAAGAAGUGCAAGUGACUGAAGCUCGAUGCUUCUAUGGAUUCCAAAUCGCUAUGGAGAAUGUACAUUCUGAAAUGUACUCAUUGCUCAUUGACACUUAUAUCAGAGACCCUAAGGAAAGAGAUUUUCUCUUCAAUGCUAUUGAGACACUACCAUGUGUAAAGAAGAAGGCUGACUGGGCACUUCAAUGGAUCGGCAGCAAGACCGCGACAUUCGGCGAGCGUAUCGUGGCAUUCGCCGCGGUUGAAGGCAUUUUCUUCUCUGGCAGUUUCGCGUCUAUCUUCUGGCUCAAGAAGCGUGGACUCAUGCCCGGCUUGACUUUCAGCAACGAACUUAUAUCUAGGGACGAGGGCCUCCACACGGACUUUGCCUGCCUCAUGUUCAAGCACUUGGUCCAAAAGCCGAGCAAGGCGCGUGUGCUCCAGAUCAUCAAGGACGCGGUGGUCAUCGAGCAAGAGUUCCUGACCGACGCGCUUCCCGUCAGGCUAUUAGGCAUGAACUGUGAACUCAUGUCCAACUACAUCGAAUUCGUCGCCGAUAGGCUGCUGGUGGAUCUCAUUGAAGAAAAGCACUACAACACCAAGAACCCAUUCGACUUCAUGAACCUCAUUUCCCUGGAAGGCAAGACAAACUUCUUUGAAAAGAAAGUUGGAGAGUACCAGAAGUGGGGAGUCAUGGCAAAUCCUACUGACAAUGUGUUUACCCUCGAUGCUGAAUUCUAAAUGGUUGUGUAAAAUCCUGACAUAUUUCUGACUGCAGUAUUAUGACCCAAAUUCCAGUUUAACUCUACAUUGAAAUAAGAUUUCAUUGACAUAUUUCACACAUUUAGAUAUAAGUUAAAACAUUCGGUUGACCCGGACAUAACUACUUGAAUAUUUUUUAAUAUUAUGUUUACAAUGGUUUAAACUUUAGACCAAUUCUCUUACUUUUAAGAUGAAUGCAAGUACCUGUGAGUGAGUGUUGAAUAGAUGAGAGUGCUUCUAUUGUAUGUUUAUAUUGUAAAGGUAUGUAUUUU